AUGCUAUCGGCCAGCAAGCAGGAGCAUUCCUUCUAACAAGCGCCAUCUUGUGUGCGCCUGCUUGUUCUCUAAGGCAAAGGGCUGAGAAUUAAAUCCCUAGAAAUCAUCAGUGUUUCGUGGUGAAAUCGUGUUUAAGUUUAGCUAGUGAGUGCGAGAGUGAUAUGCUCAUUUAAUUGGUGGAUUGGGCGAGCCCGCGCCCCGAGGGGCUGUCAUGCCAGGUCUCCCCCUGGUGCAGCAACCCACCGGGCCUGUUCCGGGCACCAAUAGCGGCCCACCGAGACAGCAGCCCAAGUACAAUCCUAUGCAGCAGCACGGGCCACAUCCCGGCUCUCAGCCGCAUCCUGGCCCACACCAACAUCGCGGAAACCCCGCCGGACAGCCAACACCCCAGACAAUGAGGCCGGGAAUGAACAAUUUUGGGCAAUAUCCACGUGGAAUGCCCCACCAAGGAGAAAUGAAGGGCAGUCCUGUCGGCGCACAAGGCCCCCAUGCCAUACCAACUGGGCCCCCGCCAAGUGGAGCAGCCACGGGAGCACCAAUGGCCGGUUUUCCCCCAGUUGGCCAAAUGGUUGGUCCUAGCGUGCAGCAGAUAACCAUGGCACAACAAGGCCAACCGAAUCAGCGCGCUGCUAUAGCGUAUAGCCAGUUCACCUAUAAUCCACCUGGCGCCAGACCACAACAGCCCUACACUACACAGGCUCCUGGUGGUCGCAUGCCUGUGAUCGUUCAUGGUGCUCCGGGCUACCGCACCUUUUAUCCGGCAGUAUCAGCAGGCCACGCACAGAAUUACUUUUUUAGCGUACCUCAGGCGCCACCAAUGCUAGCUGCUCAGCAAGGGGGUGCGAUGAUGACUGCUCAGACGGCAGCAGCGGCGUAUCAACAACAGCAGCAACAACAGCAACAGCCGCAACAGCGAGGUUUGCAACAGCGAGAGCGAAAAAUUCUUCAGAUCAAGAACCCCGAAACAAAUGAAGAGGUCCACCUAGACUAUCGAAACAAGAAAUCAAAUUCAGGCCCGCCACAGUCCGCUAUCGGCCCCGCGACGGUCCCUCCUGUUGGGCCACCUGCAGGCCCUCCUGCGGUAUUGAUGAACCCUAGUGGCAUCCCGCCACAGAUUCCCCCACAGAAUUUAGUCGCAGUUAACCCGAUGGUUCCGCCUACGCAGCAGCAGCAACAGCCGCCUACCCAGUCCACGCCACAACAAACCUCGCCCCUGGUGGGCUCACAACAUCCGCCUGCGACAUCGCCGCCGUCAAUCACCGCAGCGGUACAACAGCAGCAAGCAUCAGCGCCGGUUCCCACCGGACCCGGUCAUGUCAUGCCGGUGCCACUAGCGCAGCAGCAGCGACCAGCGGUCCCUCAAGGUUUACCACAGACACUACUACCAAGCGCAGUUGUGCCUCUACAACCGAAGCAACAACAGCCGUUAUCUUCGGGACCCCCGCCAGCAGUUGUUCAAACACACCAACAGCAACCACAAACGCAACCUCAGCAGCAGACGCCCUCGGUCCAGCCUCAGCAACAGCAGCCGACGUCGCCGGCAGUGUUAGGUGGAUACGCGGCAGCGGCCGCGGCCGCGACAAGUCCGCCUGCUCCCCUCUUGGGUGGAGUUGUGUCAAGUACCAAUGGUGGCAGGCCUCCUACCCCGUCGAUUUCUGCCCCUACUCCCGCAGCAACGGAUACCGCUUCAACACAGCCGCUGGGUUCCCCCACCCCAGGGCAGGUCGUUACACAACCGACGCAGGUCACUCCUGACCAUUCAGCAAAGAGGGAGACGGGUGAUGCUACGCAGGCGUCGUCGUCAUCCGUAUCUUCCACCCCAUCCGGUGAAGUGAGACCCGGCAAAGUCAAAGGAAAGCCCAACUUAAAAAUGACUUCGUUGGCCAACGAACAGAAACGCCACGCUGAGAGGAACUUGUCUUCGCCCAUCCCUCCUGUACAUGGGUUUAACAGUCAAUAUACGAAUGGUAACCACAGCGGUGCCAAUAAUGGCAGCAACGAAAUUAGCACCGUUCCGAAUGGUCGUCAUAGUUAUCCAAAAACUGAUUUCGAAAUAAGUAUUUACAAUCCCAAGGAGAAGGAUGUGGGUCGACAAGGCACUCCUUGUGAAAAAAAUGUUACCAACAAUGCUCAUCAUAAUGAAGUUGUCAUUGAGUACAAUUUCUGCACCUGCAACGAUAAAAUCGACAGCAGCAGGUGCAGCAGCUGCAACGAUACCCCCUGUUCACCCAGUGGAAGCGCCGGGACCCUGAAUAGAGAGCAAGCGCGCAAUCAACGAAACCGCAACAACAUAAGCGUCAAUGCUUCAGUUUCUCCCACCGAUCCAGCGGAAAUGGAGUCGAACGAGGAGGCCGUUAACGAGUCCUCGGAAGUGUCAGAAAGCGCCGCGACCGGCGACCGAGAGCAAGGUUCGCGGUCUUCUCUUCAAAGGGAGGAAGAUGAGGAACGACGCAAGGUUGAAGUAAAGAAUGAGGAAAACCUCCGCAAGAGUCAAGAAGCAAAAGAGCUGCAGAACUCUCAACAGUUGUCAGAAAUAGAACAGUCGAUGCCGUCGUCUGAAGUUGUUGGCGAAGAACAGACGAAUGUCAGCUUAGAUUGCAAAGGAGCCGCGGAACUGAAACGGAGUGAAAAGGUGACACCUGCCGCAGUCGCAGCUACCAGUCACAAGAAUCCAUCAGAAGACUCGACAACCAGUAACGACUCCGGUUCAGCUAGCAGUAAGGAAGAGGUGGUCAAAAAUGACACCGACGACGCCAAUUCCCGGCAGGAGGAUGAACUCGAAUUGGGAGAAGUGGUUUCGGAUGAGUCUGACGCGGAACUCGCCGAAGUCGAUAACCACAAUGAUGAGUACAGUCCCGUACCGGACAACAACGGCAAGAAGAGGUAUGACCGCGAAUUUUUGUUAAAACUACAACGCCAACCAAUGUCGAUGCAGCCUCCGAAGGACAUGCCCAAGCUUGAGAUUUUCAGGAGUAACGCAAUCUGCCAUACGCUAUCGGACAAACCGCGCGGGGGUCCUACCGGUGUUGUCGACCAGUACGGUCUAAGAAACGGUCGAGGUGGUGCUCCCGGGAGUUCCAUGAAUCGCAACACAAAGGGUGCACAGACUCGUGCGGGAGAGCGACCGAAGAGGAUUAUCACGUUGAGUUCAUCGAUAAACCAGGACGUGAAACUGCACACUGCUGAGAAGGCUUGGAAGCCGUUUAAGGAAGUCGGUAUCGCGAGUGGCGAAUCCGAUGAUCUGCUUUACAAGAAAUUCCGAGGUAUUUUAAACAAGCUUACCCCGCAGCGCUUUGACACACUGCUUGACCAAGUAAAAAAACUAGAAAUUAACUCGGAGGAACGUCUGUCCAACGUCGCCGGACUCGUGUUAGAAAAGGCUCUCAAUGAGACGCAUUUUGCCUCAACGUACGCCAGGCUAUGCCAUACCCUGCUAACAACAUUCACGGUACCGAAAGUUCAACGCGACCCGGGACCGGCAAUGAAUCAUACCGUUACUUUCCGCAAGAUGCUAUUGCAAAAGUGCCAGCAGGAAUUCGAGAAAGAUACUGACGACUCUCCCGCUAGUAAAGAACGAGAGAAGAAGGAACAAGAGAAGCGACAGAGUGAACUCGACGCCGCAAAAAAUGAGCAAGAGCGCAAGGAAAUUCAGGAGAAGUACACUGAAGCUGACGCCAAGGCGAAGCGGCGAACGCUCGGAUUAAUGCGUUUCAUUGGCGAACUCUAUAAUCUGAACAUUCUUAAUUUCAAUAUUAUGAGUGACUGUUUCCGAAAACUCAUGAAGUACCCUACUGAUGAAGACUCAAUAGUAUGCGCCUGCAAACUCUUUACGACAGUGGGCAAAAAGCUAGCGGACGAAAGUACGUUACGAAACGGACCCCAGGAUACGCCUGAACUUAAAGAAAAGCACACACUGUUUCAGAAUUUAAUGCUAAAUCUUAAGAAGAUAAUUAGCGAUAAUCGUGAUGCCCAGAAGAAUAAUCAAAGAAGUCUACCACAGCGUGUGAUAUUCAUGCUGGAAGAUGUUCGAGAACUCAAAGAACGCGGCUGGGUACCUCGCCGAAAUGAGCAGGCUCCAAAAACUUUGGAACAAAUUCAGAAGGAUGCCGAAAACGAGAAGCUUCUUGCAACCAUUAAUGCAGGUGGUCCGUCUGCCGGAGGUGGCGGCAGUCGCUACUCAUCGAUACAGAGUGACCGCAACCGUCGUUCCUUCGGCAGCCAGUCGCAGAACGCCAGUUCGCCUAGAGGCACCGACUUCAAGCACACAAAGCAAAUGAUGGAAUCCGUAGCAUUCAAAGGAAUGACGCUAUCAAUGUCUUUACAACCGACGAUGAGUCGCCCAUCGGGCUCGCAAUGGGUUAGUGGAGCAAGCGGAGGCGGAAGUCGGAACUCCAGCCUCAGGGGCAAUCGCGCAGAUGACACGCCUCUCGUGACCUCAACGAAUAAGUUUGAUUUGCUCAACCGCGAUGGCUCUGACCACCCAGCGCGCUCCCAGGAGAGUUCACCGUCACGACAGCGCGAGCGCGAAGCUGCCUUGCAAGGCGUGCGUAAAAUAGGCCUGGCCAAUGCGACUGCCGGCAGCAGCGGCAACGGGCGUCCAGGUGGUGCACGCGGUUCCGCGCCCGCAAGCCGUAACGCCAGUCAAGGGGGUGGCCUGAGUGGUGGGCAGCCAGGCGCCGUCGGCGAAGGAACUCAUUCGCUGCAGGGCACCGAGUCCAAUGAUGAUAAUGUGCGCCGCUACGCGGAGACCAUUCUCCUGGAAUAUGCUACCAAUGGCAAUCGCGAGGAUAUGCUCAAGGACUUUUGUGAACGCGCCCAUGCGAACAAUGUGCACCGCUUCAUCGAGUACUUUAUCGAGAUGUCUAUCGAGGCAAAGACACUGCAAAGAGUUCGUGCUGGUGAAGCAAUACGGGAGUUACACGAUGCUCACAUCGUUAGCCAGAAACAUAUUGAGAAUGCUCUCAAAGAACAGCUCUCAAUGGCGGAGGAUAUGGUCAUUGAUAUUCCGAAAUACUACGAGUGUAUGGCGGAAAUCAUGGCCCCACUUUUUGUUGCGGAUGGUAUGAACUUCAGCGCUCUGCUACGUGCAGUUAAAGCAGCCCUCGUUCCUUUGAACACCUCGAAGAUGCUCGUGUCACUGUUCAAGCGAAUCAACGAAAUCAGUAGCGACGGCGUUUCUAAGAAAUGGAAGGAGUCAGGGAUUAACUUGUCCGAACUCGUAAACGGCCUUCCCGAAAUAGAGAUUAAGGCAAUAGAAGCUGCUCUUGGACAAGUGGCAUCAAUUAGCCCUGGCUUGGGUCUAACAUUACAAGAGCUCUGUCAGCGUUUCCGAUCAGCGUUAGACACGUCAAAGAGUGCGGGGGAUUUAGAGCACGCUUUGAAAGACGUGGUGCACCAGGCAGGAAAAGAGCAGCGAAAACUGGCUGUACAGGCCUUCGCAACUGUAUUGCUAAAUAUUGGGCUCCUACUAAAGGAAAAUAGUAGCACGUCUGGGAAAGAGUUUGUAAUGGACCUCAAAUUGAUCGAACAGAAAUUACACGUAGAUGCAGCAGGUAAAAAUAUGCCGAAACCCAUUGAAGAUCUAUUUAAUGACGAUGAGGCAUCCAUUCAAGCAUUGUAUGCCCUACAGAUCGUCAUGCACGAGAGAGAACAUCCUAAGGAGGCAACGUCGAAUUUCAUUAACUGGCUAUAUGACAAAGACCUCGUCUCUGAAGACGUGAUCAAGGACUGGGCGAAGCCAGAUAGGACACGACACGAACAGACGGGUUACCACGUUACGGUCCAGAACGCCAGCGGGUUUCUGUCGUGGUUAGGAGAAGACUAGAAGGCCGAAGCGAGACCCCAGCGCUCGAUUCAAAUGUGUGUGAGCAAUGUCCGCUGCGAGUAACCAGUGUCGUGUAUCGGUGCUCCAAAGAAUCACAAUCACAAUAUAGCGGGAAAGCCUGAAGACGGAUUGCAAUUGUUGCGACUGUCUCCGCUAUUUACGGUGAUGGAGCAGCUACAGCUGAGUCUUACAGCCGUCAACGACCACAGCAACAGCAACGACAGAUGGGAGUGAUGGAGCCCGGCAUGUGAAGCACAAUAUAUAGAAAUGAAUAUCUACGAAGACAUAAGUCGAUGGAUAUAUAUAUAUAUAUAUGGAUAUAUAUGUAUAUAUAUAUAUAUAUAUAUAUGUAUAUAUAUAUUCCCUUCAUCAUCUUAUUAAGAUGGUGAAAGGAAACAGGAGAAGAACUAAUUAUAUAAUGCUAAUGAUUAACACUGAUAAGAGAUGAUAACAGUAAAUAUGAUGAUGGAGGAAUAUAGAUGAUGAUGAUGCGAUUAAAUGAAGGCGGUUCCAUGGACAAACGACUGCGCGAAGUCGUGCUU